AUGGAGUACUGCCACGAGGACAUCCACUACAUUUGGGACGUUUUCGACGGCUCCUGCGCGGAGGGCAUCAAAGACCAGCAGAAGUUCUGUGCAGACCUUUGCUAUGACGGCUUCUACUGCGGUGAUGAAACAUGUGGCCCGUGUGAGUCUAAGUGUGCGCAGGAGUUCAGCCUGGUGCAGGAGAUCUUCGACUUUUGCGCAGACUGCGAUCCACCAGCUACCACAGCAACGACCACGAUGGCAAACAUUUAUGACAUGUGCUACAGCGAUGAUGCUGACAAAUGCGAGGACAUGAAGUGCUGGUGCAAAGAGGUCUGCGACAUCGUCAAGUGCCCGCAUUGCGAGGAGCUCUGCCACAAGAACCAGGACAAGGUGCGGUCAAUCUUCGAUCGCUACUGCGACUGCGGCUUUUGCGAUGUGUGGGCGUCACCCACAGAGGAUGCAGGGUUGCUGCAAGUCCGCAUGCUCACUGAUGCGACUGACUCAUGUGGCUGCCGAAGUGAACACCAGUACUGCUUCGACCUUUGCAAGGGUCUCGGUUACAGUGGACCCGGGCUGGGACGGUGCACUGAAGACUGUGCCUCAAGCGGGAAGUUUGGGCAUCUCUUGGAGGAUUACUGCCACGAGUGCCACGAUGACCCGCACUACCCCAAGACCACAAAGACGACCACCACCACAACUAUGGCAACGACCCCAACGACGCCCACCCCAACGACGCCCGCACCAACAACACCCACCCCAACAACGCCAAAGCCUUACACGACCAAGACCACCAGCAAGCCAUACCCUACAACCACAAAAGCAUACCCAAAGACGACAGAGCCUUACGAGACAACUGAGCCCUACAAGACCACGGAGCCAGACUACAAGACAACUGAGCCCAGCUACAAGACCACGGAACCAAGCUACAAGACAACUGAGCCCAACUACCAGACGACAAAGGCUCCGUACCAGCCGUAUUAUCCCAAGAAGGAUUAUUACAAGGCCGAGGACGUUCCGUACUACUGGAAGGUCAAGGAGGCCAGGGCCGAGUGGAAUGCCAAGAAGGCAGUGUACAAAGCCAAAGCCAAGGCCGAGUAUUUCAAAGCAAGGCACCCGGAGAUCUUUGGCUACCGAUAA